AUGUCCCUCCCUCGCUAUCUUCGCAACAUCAAACCAAACUUCGCCACCCCAUGGCGCGCAUACUCGUCACUUAACCGCUCCAUCCCCUUCAACUUCUUCGCCGGCUACACCGUCGCAAACAUGACUUCCGCAACCUUUCCCGCAACACCGUAUGCCCCGACAUACGACAAUUGGCCGUAUACCGAUUCGGACUUCGUGCGAUACGAUGAAAAUGACGAUGGCGUAUUCUACCGACAACCCAGACUCGUUACGCAUAUUGAUGACCCGUCAAUUGCGCGGUUGACACAGUAUUACGAUACCGCAUUACCGAAGACUGGGAGAAUAAUGGACAUGUGCACGAGUUGGAAGUCAUUCUACCCAUUAUCGGUCAAGGAAGCCAUCCAGAAGGGAGGAUUGGAAGUUUAUGGCGUGGGACUCAAUGAGGAAGAAAUGGCAGUUAAUGGCGUGUUCCAGGGCCCCGCUCGCUGGCGAGUGCUUGACCUGAACAAACCACCACACGACGUACGAACUGCAUGGGAAAAUGGCCAGAUUUUGCAAUUCGACGCAACGACCUGCGUCGUCAGCAUUGACUACCUCAACAACCCGCUAGAGGUUUGCAAGAAACUUUUGGAGGCCACGAAAGAGGGUGGAAACGUUCAUCUCGUUAUUAGCAACCGGUGCUUUCCAAACAAGGUCGUGAGAAGAUGGAUGAUGCUAGAUGAGCGCUCGCGACUCGAGUUUGUGGGCGAUUACCUGCAUUUCGCGGGAUGGAAGGAUGUGCAGAUAGUGGAUCUUUGCGCGAGGGAUGAAAACGGCAUGCGCGUCACGGAUGAUCAGGGGACGGUGCUUUCCCCAAAAAUCAAAAUGGGUAACGUUUGGGUCUUCGGGAUCCUUGUGGUGCUGUCGCUUCGGUUGGGCGCCUACAUGUACUUCCAGCGGCGACGAAACGUGCGCGAAAAGCGCAUUUUGGAGAUCGCGGAGGAUGCGCGCGCCUACCAGCGUGACGGCUGGGCGAGGCGUAAGGACUAUGAGGACCUCCUCGCCGCCUACAACCUAUUCCGUAGCCAACAGCACCUCCUUCAGUCGGUUACCGACCUCGAGAUGCUAUUCUUUAGCAACGUGACUUCAUGGCUGGCGCCAUUACUCGGCGCAAAUAGCUGGAUCAAUGGCUUUGGCGAGGUGCUUCCACCACAACGCGAGUUCUUCUACGUUGGCGGAGAGUAUCAGAACCUGUCAGUAGGAAACACGACCGCGCAGUACAUGGUCAACCAGAUCUAUGUUGAGAAGCUCACCCCAGCAAAGCCAACCCAAGACUAUCCCCUCGUCUUCAUGCACGGAACUGGUCAGACUGGAACAACUUUCCUCGAUACACCAGAUGGUCGGCCAGGCUGGGCUUCAUUCUUCUUAUCGCACGGCUAUACUGUCUAUCUGAGCGAUCAGCCAUCGCGCGGUCGUUCUCCGUGGUUGCCGAACACAGGCACAAUGAAAAGCUCCAGUACUGCGCUCAUCGAGCAACUGUUCACUUCAACGUCAUCGCAUAGCCUCUGGCCGCAAGCACGGUCGCACACGCAAUGGCCCGGGACUGGCAAAGCAGGCGAUCCGAUCUUCGACGCCUUCUAUGCGGCGCAAGUCCAGUACCAGGCCGACAACCUAAUAUCUGAAACCGAGAACGCCAAAGCAUACACGGCCCUUCUCGACAAGAUCGGUGGUCCAGCGCACAUCAUUGCGCACAGCCAGGCCGGCGCAUAUGGAUGGCGAGCCGGAGACCUCCGCCCUCAUCUAGUCAAGAGUAUCGUAGCGCUCGAACCGGCGGGUCCGCCAUUCAUCGGAAGGAUUUUUGGAUCAGGUCCCGCGCGACCUUUCGGCAUCACUGAGCUCGAAGUCGCUUACGAGCCGUCGGCGGGACCCAAUGCGACGUACAUCCAGACUGUUGUUGUUCCUGCAAGAGACGUCAAUUCGAGUGAAUGUAUCAUGCAGGAUGAGCCGGCGAAGCAGUUGGUGAAUUUGGCGCAGAUACCGGUGCUGACAGUGACGUCAGAGGCGAGCUACCAUGCGGUGUACGAUCAUUGCACUGUAGAGUACAUGCGACAGGCAGGUGUGAACGUGGAGCACAUGAAAUUGAGGAACGAGGGUCUUCAUGGCAAUGGACAUAUGUUCUUCAUGGAGAGGAACAGUCUAGAGAUUGCUGAGAAGGUUUUGGCUUGGUUGCAGAGGCAUUAA